UUGUUUUCACGGUAAAAGUUCUGCUGUCGGAGGUUUCGUGCGUUUUAUUUUUUUUUUUUUGUGGGUCGAUGUGUGUAGUGCGUGUGUCGAUUUGUGUAUAGAUUAAUUAAUUAAUUAGCUUGUUAUUGGAGAAGAAAAUGCAAAAAUAUACAUAUAUUGUGUUAAAGUAAUGAGGCGUUUUUCAUUCCGCACAUACACACGCGCAAUUUGCAUGGGCGCGUCUCUUUUUUUUUGUGUGUGUGUGUGUGAGUCAUUUGUAUGUGUGUAGGUGUCGUCGCUCCCGCCCUGAAAAUGGAAAACGCGCGCCUUGAUUAAAACAAAAAGUAAACAGAAGUUAUAAAUUUUAACAGAAAAAUGUUUAAACAAGAGUCUCACAAGGAAAAGUUACAACUUUUCGACUUGCAAUGAGCGAAACUUUCACACGCAUACAUACAUAUGCAUAUGUAUGAAAACAUUCGUAUUUACGCACACUAUCAAAGCGAAACGAGAUUUUUUUGCCAGUCGUCUAAGCAUAAUAGAAGAAGACGACAAAGGAGAAUCCGACAAAGAGUGUAAAUCGAAGUAACAAUAAAAAUGAUACAAGGUGUCGACACCUACUAUUUUCACGUGUAAUAAUAGUGGUAAUAAUAAUGAUCACAAAAAUCGCAUUUUUUAAAGCGACAACGACGGGUGAAAGUGUUCAAAUAAAAAUUGACAACCUUGUCUUAAUAUAUACAUAAUACACACAUGUGGAUUACUUCAGAGCAGAGUCGGAUUACUGGGAACUACUCAUCGAUAUGCAACAUGUCAACCAUAAAGCCGCAGCCAAAUAAGUUAAAUGACCUGACUCAAUCAGAAUAGAAAUGGAACCCAAGGUUGUGCAUCACUAUCAUCUGAAUCAAGCCAAGAUUAGUAAAGGAACUGCAAUUUAGAGACUGAAAUUCUAGCUGGCUGACCUCUUCUCUGUUUUCGUCUGCGCUCAUUAUUAACAAAAAACGUAUCAAAAUGAACUCAGUUAUUUCAGCUUUUAAGCCCAAAAACAAAACCAGCUCUGGAAAUCCAUCCAACCCCCAGUCGGUUUCAUCUGCAACUUUACCUACAGCCAGCCCCUCCUCGAUCAGCGUAGGCAUGGGAGCUGUCACCAAAAAGAAGCUGGUAGCACAGGAUAAUGGGUAUCAAUACUUGCGUCACAUCCGCGAGAUCGAAACAGCUAAUAAACUGCUUUCACCUGUUGUGGCAACGACUGCUGUAGCAGACGAGGGUAGCUCUUGUGCAUCCUCCGCGACUGAGACGGGUAUACUCAAUCUUCUUCGUCCAGCCCAUGGAGUUAAUAAUGGAGCUCCUGCUCCCGAAGCCGUUGUGACAGCAGCGGCCGCUAGUGUUGAUGUGGUUGAUCAUUGUAAACCGGCCACGGUACGUCUGUCCGACUUCAAUAUGAAUGGCAAUACAAAGAACGGAAAUGGUCCGAUCAUUGGUCUGAGUGAGAAUGGGAACUGCUUGGAUUUGGUUGAAAAUUGGACCGAGGAUGAUAUAUCCGAACACUCAGGUUCGGCUGCUUGCACAAGCACCAGCAGCUCUAGUGAACAUAGCAACAGCACUGUCGUUCACAGUCCAACAGCCGCAAAAGCGACAUCACCACCUGCCCCACAACCAUCCGCUCACAGUCCAAGCCUGAGCUUGCUCUCGACUAAUACUCUUUCCUCACUAGGAUCAUUAGAUGCCGCCUCACUUAGCCAUUCUCAACCUCAGUCCCAAUCGAGUGAAAAUGGCACGCCGCUGGCCUCGCCUGAAAUGCUGACGCGCCACCACACCGCCGUCGAUAGAGAUUACAUACCCGCCUUUCUCAUGACUGCGCCUGUCACAUUGCCACUCAGUAAUAGCGGUGGUGCGAGCAUUCUGCCAACCACCGUCAAUUCAGCAGCCACCACGCCGAAGCACUUGCGCUACUCAAAGCCACGUCUAAGUCUAAGUCGGGUAGGGACCAACAGCAACCAUCAAUCUAUGCCUUCAGUGCACGGACGACCUAACCUCAGCGUAGCCGGUGGUGAAGCGAUCACUUCUAAUGGAGCCAAUCCGCCUAAACGCAUUUCAACACACCAAAGGAACUUAAGUCUGGAUUUCAGAUCUAUGGGCAUAUUGCUGCCACCUGUGUCACAGGUGACAAAUACACGCAUCAAUCACACCCAGCAUCAUCGAAAUCGGAGUCUCGACAGCGCUUUGCAACGAAUACCAGAGGUUGAAGUUUCUUCCCCCAAUGCCGAGAGCGAGAAUACAUUCUGCUCUCCAUCAUCGAUACUUGGCACAAACAUGUGCUCGAAGAUUGUAACCACAGCAGCCAGUGUAACAUCAGCUCUGUCAACAUCACCCACGCCAGCACUAACGUCCAUAGCGACUACAAUGCCAGUUAGCGUUAAGGUCAAUCCUGUGCAGAAAUUGCAAUCCGUCGCCUGCUCCAGUUCUAAGCCGAGUGUAGUUGUUGAAUCAUGUCCGACACUGCGUUUACGACCAAAGUCUAGUGAAGUGGCUGGUCAGGAGAUAAUUGUUGGCAGUGGUGGCAGUGGUAGCAGUAGCAACAACAGUUGCAGUAGCAGUGGCAGCAGUAAGAAACGGGAGGAUCUCACUAGUCUUGGAUCAGAUGACUCAGGUAUCAUCUGUGGCUCGGAAUCGGACCAAUUAUCACUGAACCGCAUAUGCCACUCACAUGAAUCGUUGGAUUCGGGUGAAAUGGACACCGAUGCGGUGGUACCUGAUGCUGACGCCGAUGCCCAAGAAGAAUGUAUUGAUAUUAUGGACUCCGCAUCUUUGGACGAAGAGUAUAAUGCCAUAAUGCAGACAACAGAACAUCUUUGUUGUUAUCACCUGCAGACACAAUCAAACGACAUCGAUUGUCGUACUCUGCGUCCAACACGAAAACAAAAACAUCAGAAAUUAGAGAAGAAGCAACAGCAGCAAGAAGAUGUGGAUGAUCGAACGCGUUAUCGCGUAAUGAAUAUGUCUCAGGCAGCUAUCAACAUGGAGAUGAGCUCGACUCCCAAUGAAAUUGAGCCAGUAAUGGAUAAUGAGGUGUCACCGCAAGCAACAAUCAAUGCUACACCCACACCCACACCCACGGAAACCACCAACAAGAAUGAUCAGAUUUUAUUUAAGAACUUCUUUGGGGCCACCAAAAAUGCAAUUUUCCGCACAGCUCAAAGCAUUAUAGAAAAUCAUGAAAAGAAAAAUGCAGCUAAACAGAAAAGCGGGGAAGAUGCUACUGCUAGUACACCCAUCUCUUUAAACUCCACAUCGGGAGCUGCUGCAACAGCCAGUUGCAACAUUCAAUCUCAGGAUCAGGUGAAGUCACCAACGGAUAUAUCAAAAAAAAAAGAGUUCUUCAGUCUGCUUACAUCCAAUUCAAGUAAAAAACAAGCUGCUGCUGCAGCAGCCGCAGCUGAAGCUGCAACAGUAGCCCAUCCUGAUUUGUCUGGGACCAAGUUAAAAGAGCGGACUCUCAACUUGCGCCUCCCGGGAUCGAUAGUGGAUAGUGAUUUAGCCGUUAAUGUUGCUAGCGAAAUGGCUUUGCUAGCAAAAAGCUCUUCCAUUAACUCCUUAAACAAACUAAAGGUGCCUGUACCGGGUGUAGUUAAAUAUUUUAUAAGCGAACGGUCUCCAAUUGUAGACGCACAGCAAAAACCAGAAAAGGGGCCAUCAGGUCUACUGCGUUUCUUUGAGUCUCCCGUUUUCAACAUUCAUUUUGCUGUUCAUUAUCUUUUCUACUCCAAAGAGCCGGGUGUUCUCAGUUUUAUUGGCAAUAAGAUUUUUAGCUUUCCUGACCAAGAGGUUGACCUUUAUAUACCUCAGUUAAUUGUCAUGUACAUACAAAUGGAUGAAUUAGCAGAAGUUUUGGAUCCUUAUUUAACGAUACGUUGCCGUAAAUCAGUUGAUUUCUCGCUAAAGUGCUUAUGGUUGCUUGAAGCCUACAACUAUAAUCAAGAAGAUCAUCUGGUGCCUAGUACUGGCAUGCGUAAAUCCAAACUAGCGCUAAUGAAGGAAAUAUUUUCAAAAAAAGAGCAGAAACAGCAGGCCAAAUUGUCUGUUGCACUAAUCAAAAAAACGCACCACCGUUCCCAGUCGGAUGCUACAGUUCUAAUGGCUGACUCCCGUCUUCCUCCCUCUAUAUCUCAUCGCCUCUACCAACAGCCGCCCUUUACUACACAAACCCUUCACCACACAAACACACCUGCAAAGCUAUGUCUUGGAGAUAUCACCUCAGGCCGCGCGUUUGACAAUGGCUGCACCUGCUUUGAGUCGGUGCGCGGCCAGGUGAAUGGUUUGCUUGGGCAGCGUACAUUGUGCAGUUGCGGAGCACCCAAAGCAGCCCCACAAAAGGAAUUUAUGCGUUCUCUUAUGAAUGUUGGAAAAAAUCUCACUUCGUUAACUUCCAAGGCUGAAAAAACAUCGGCGUUGCGCAUGUUCCUCAACCUGAUUAAUAAGAAUCUGCCUGCCCGUGUUUGGCUGCCACUCUAUUCGGACAUUCCACACCACGUGGUUCGCAUCACUGAGGAGAAGACUGCCGUGCUCAAUUCUAAAGAUAAGACGCCUUACAUCAUCUAUGUGGAGGUUGUUGAGGUGCCAGAUAUCUACACCUCACCGCUAAUACCCAAAAUGAUGCCUUCGUUAAGACAUACUAAGAGCGAGGAGCACUUAGACGGCUCCUGUCUCAACACACAACAUAAUAUGAGUUGCAGUCGGACUUCAAGUUGUAGCAGUAGUCACCAAGGAUCGAGCUGCCGAAGAAAACGUGGAGGAGACGAAGGCGGAGGAGGAUUUGGUGACUCUCUUUCUGCUUUGGGUGGACCGCAGCUGCAUGAAGAUGAUGUGUGGUCGCAGGAAGAUGAUGAAAUAACAGCGCAAUACUUAAACUUGCGCAAGAUAAGUGAGCGCGAUGCCGUUUCCCAAAUGUCAUUGGAUUCUUGCGACUCACGAGAUCAAGCUCCACCCAUUGUCUUUAACAUUGGCGAUGUACGCACUCGUCAUUGUAAUAAUUUAAGCUGCGAAAAUACUAAGUCCUUUAGCAACGAUCCGGAGGAUCCUUCAGCAGCAGCUCUCAAGGAGCCUUGGCAUGAAAAGGAGAAACUGAUUCGCGAAUCCUCACCAUAUGGUCAUCUCUCCAAUUGGCGCUUGCUUUCUGCUAUUGUGAAGUGUGGCGACGAUUUGCGGCAGGAGCUAAUGGCCACCCAGUUGCUGCAAAUGUUUAAAAUCAUUUGGCAGGAGGAACAUGUAGAUCUAUGGGUGCGGCCGUACAAAAUAGUUUGUCUUUCGAACGAUAGCGGCCUAAUUGAGCCCAUACUCAAUACUGUAUCCCUACAUCAAAUCAAAAAGAACUCGAACAAAUCCUUGCGAGAUUACUUUAUCGACGAAUAUGGUCCGGUAACAGGGGAGAGGUUUUGUCUGGCGCAAAAGAAUUUUGUGCAGAGCUGUGCUGCCUAUUGCCUUAUUUCAUAUUUGCUUCAAGUCAAGGAUAGGCAUAAUGGUAACAUACUUUUCCACUCUGAUGGUCACAUAAUACACAUCGAUUUUGGCUUUAUUCUAAGCAUAUCUCCAAAGAAUUUGGGUUUUGAACAGUCGCCGUUCAAGCUUACACACGAAUUUGUGGAUGUGAUGGGUGGCACCAGUUCCGAGCAUUGGCGUGAGUUUAAUCGACUGCUUUUAGUAGGUAUGAUGUCUGCGCGCAAGCAUAUGGAUCGUAUUAUCAACUUUGUGGAAAUUAUGCGCAGCAAUGCUCACUUACCGUGCUUUAAAAAUGGAUGUUCCGGUACCGUUCAGAAUCUCCGUAAACGCUUUCAUAUGAAUUUAACCGAACAAGAAAUGGAACGCAAGGUUGAGCAGCUUGUCCAGGACUCGCUAAAGAGUCUGUCAACCAAACUGUACGAUGGUUAUCAGUACUACACGAAUGGCAUAUUGUGAGAACGGUUUUUUAUGAAAAUCUAAUGCAACGCGCAGAUGCGAAUUAAUGUAAUAUAGGAAAAAGAAAUAAUGCCAAGCUGAUGAACCAAACCUAUGGACUGACUUUUUGUUUAAAUGAAAUAUAGUAAUGUAAAUUUUUAAGGUGUAGCACAUCGGCAAACCAAGUGAUGAAGAAAAAAAACUUUGGAGGUAAUUGAAUUGUACCAAACCAAACCAUUGUUAAUGUAGCCUAAAAAAAUCAUAGUUCGUUGUGCGUUGUCCGUUUUGCGUGUUUGCAAUGUUGUUUAGCUUUUAAGUAUAAAUGUAAAAUGUAUGGACUGUAUUUUUAGUUCGUCUGAAUGAAAAUGGGAUGGUAUAGGUCGUGUUAAAUGCCGGUCUGCCAUUGCAUUUAGCCAAUCAACAACAUGUAUAUAAUAUGUAUAUCGUAUAUAUUAUUAUUAACACCAAACGGAUAAAUAUUUACAUCCUCUCGUCAUUUCCUCUACAUUUUUUACUUUCGCAAUUUAUUUGUAAAAUUUACAGUAACAUUCUUCUAAGGAUAUCAACUUAAUCUUAUAAAUUAUUACAUUGUAUAUGGCUUAGCAACAAGAAAAACAUGUUAAUCUACACAUAAAGCAAAUUAUACAAAUACGUACGUAA